AUGCACUGUGAUGAGCCGGACGACACUGUGGAGCACACAUUAUUUAACUGUCCGUUCUGGGCAGAAGACAGACGGGAGAUGGAGCAAUGCGUCGGCCGGCCACUACAACCCAAUGAUGUGCCGGAUAUCAUCCUGGGACCGGAACAGGAGCUCCUCCCAGAUGCUGCAUCCAGGAGGCGGCGUAUCGAGGCGAUGGCGGAGGGACUGAGGUUGGCGUUUGGCAGAAUGGUGGAGGCGAUUCUCGGGCGGAAGGAGGAUGCAGAGCGGGUUAGGCAGGCGCGAUUAUUUUAA